AUGUCUAUGCAUUCCCAUAAUGAUAUAGAUAAUACAAAUAUCUAGAAGCUGGAGAUUGGCUUAUUAUUGGCAAAUAAUUAUCUGAUGAGAAUGAGUGAAAGUGGUGCAAAAGCUUCCAAGACUUUCUGAUAGGAAGACAGAGACAAUUCCAUAGAAAGUACAAAAGAAGAGACGAAUGGAGUGCGAAAUACCACUUGGUAUUCACGAGGGGAGAGAGAAGAAGAAGAGGAAUCAUGUGAAGAUAUAUGACCAUCCUACCUAGAAGGGAAACCCAACCCCCCCGUUACCAUAUACAACACACAACUCUUUCUUUCUGUGUCGCUCGCUGCCAUUUUCUUCCAGUUUGCAUUGCUCUUUGUGCUCAUGGAAGUUAACACUACUGUUGCGGAAAACCAUACUGAUCAUAAACACCACCUUUCACAUUCCUCUAGCCACCACCACCAUGGAAGUUUUCCUUCCAAGUUGGCUAUCAUUAUCAUCAUUUCCAUCGUCUUUGUCAUGGUCGUUCUUGCUAUAACCCUCAUCAUAUUAUUUCUCAGACGGCUCAAGUCAGCCAAAACUAGUGGUGGUGACAUUGACGAUGAGAAGGGCAGCUUGAACAAUACAAGCUGCAGGUUCAUUGCUCAAAACUCCAUGAACUUCAACUCCAGCCCAGAUGUGAAGGGCGGGUGCCUUCAAGGAGGGAACUUGGGAAGGUCAAUGAGGACAUCAGUGGCAAUAAUGGUGUUCUUCUUCUCAGCAACAACCCCAUUUGGAAUAGCACUGGGAAUGCCCAUUUAAGGGCAUUAAUUCAGCUGGGCUCCUCAUCUACAUGGCUUUGGUUGAUCUUCUCUCUGCUGACUUCAUGGGUCCAAAUUUGUUACGCAGCAUCAAGUUCCAAAUCAAGUCUUACAUGGCGGUUCUUUUGGGUGCUGGUUGCAUGUCUUUGUUGGCAAAGUGGGCUUAAGUAGCUAAGAUCAUCAUCAUCAUCGACCAUAUGUACUGUUUUCAUAUGAACUAGAUCGAUCAUGUUUCCUCAAGCUUACGGAAGUUCAUGAUCCUUAUGUUUCCACAAUAUCGAUGUUAGCUCAAAUGGAUUUAAAUACAUAGUGGCCGGGUUGGAUCAAAUAGUAGU